UGCACUCCGUGCCUGCAGGAAUGUCUGAAGCCAAAAAAGCCAGUUUGUGGUGUCUGCCGCAGUACCCUGUCACCUGGGAGCAGAGCUGUGGACUUGGAGAAGCAAAUUGAAAUGACAGAAACCACUUGCAAUGGCUGCAAUAAAAAAAUGUAUCUCUCAAAGAUGCGAAGCCAUGCAGCUUCUUGUUCCAAGUACCAGAAUUAUAUCAUGGAAGGUGUGAAAGCUGUAACUAAAGAACCACUUCACAACACCAGGAACUUCCCAAAUCGCUUUACCUUUCCUUGUCCGUAUUGCAGCGAGAAAAACUUUGAUCAAGAAGGACUAGUUGAACACUGCAAAACAUUGCACAGCAUGGAUGCAAAACAAGUGGUUUGCCCAAUUUGUGCCUCAAUGCCAUGGGGAGAUCCAAAUUACAGGAGUGCUAACUUCAUGGAGCACCUUCAAAGACGACACCGCUUUUCGUAUGAUACUUUUGUGGAUUAUGAUGCUGAUGAAGAUGACACGAUGGCACAGGUUUUGAUGCGUUCUUUGCGGGAUAAAUGAACCAACCAGAAGAUUAACUGUCAAACCAAGCUUCCAUGAGGGGGGAAUACCCAGCAUCCUCACACUUCUCCCUUUACAUCCCAAGAUUAACUCAGGCAUCCGGAAAUACAGAAGACUUUUUAAUCCCUAUCUUGGUUUCAAAUCCUGGUUUG